CUGCGCUACCUUGGAGGACCGUCCGCGUCUCCCGCAAGUUCACGGCGCUCCUGGCUGUGUGCUUUUUUUUUUUAGGGGGGGCUGCUCUUUGUUUUUCGCUGGUUGCUUAUGUCUGUUUGUCUGGUAUCGAGACUUCAAGACAGGGGGGAGAAGCAAUCCGGCGGAACCGUCAUUAAGAACAGCCUGGGUGAGGAGUUCUACCGCGAAGCCAUCGAGCACUGCCGCAGCUACAAUGCCCGCCUGUGCGCCGAGCGAUCCAUGAGGCUGCCCUUCCUGGACUCUCAGACGGGCGUCGCCCAGAGUAACUGCUACAUCUGGAUGGAGAAGACUCACCGCGGACCAGGUUUGGCUCCCGGUCAGCUGUACACCUACCCUGCCCGCUGCUGGCGCAAGAAGAGACGGCUAAACAUCUUAGAGGACCCCCGUCUUGGGCCAUUUGAAUUCAAGAUCGACUAUGAGGCUUCUUUAAAAAAAGAGGGCGGAGUCCCUGAAGGACCAGUGCUGGAGUCGCUGCUCAGCGCGGAGACGCUGGACAAGAAGGUGGAGACCAAGGAGGAGGAGCCCAUGAGCGAGUGCCAGGGGGCUCCCUCUGCUCUCUUGCAGAAGCUGCUGGUAGGAGAUUUCCCACACGAGCUCGACGUGGAAGAGAUGGAGGACGACUUACCGAAACGUAAGAAUCGCACCAAAGGCCGGGCCUGUGGAGUUGGAGGGAUGAGGAAAAGACAGGAACCAGCCUCCAUGGAGGACAGAGACAAGCCCUACGUCUGUGACAUCUGUGGAAAGCGCUACAAGAACCGGCCAGGCCUGAGCUACCAUUACACUCACACUCACCUGGCGGACGAGGAAGGCGAAGAGGACUCGGAACGCCACACCCUGCCUUUCCAGCGUAAAAACAACCACAAGCCCAAGAAGCCCCGCGAUGGCUCCGUCAUCCCCAACGGCUACUGCGACUUCUGCCUGGGCGGCUCCAAGAAGACGGGCUGUCCCGAGGACCUUAUCUCCUGCGCCGACUGCGGACGAUCGGGCCACCCGUCGUGCCUGCAGUUCACGGUUAACAUGACGGCUGCUGUGAGGACCUACCGCUGGCAGUGCAUCGAGUGCAAGUCCUGCAGCCUGUGCGGCACCUCGGAGAACGACGAUCAGCUGCUGUUCUGCGAUGAUUGUGACAGAGGGUACCACAUGUACUGCCUCAGCCCCCCCAUGGCCGAACCUCCAGAGGGGAGCUGGAGUUGCCACCUGUGUCUGCGGCAGUUGAAGGAGAAGGCGUCAGCCUACAUCACCCUUACCUAAGCCACGCCCACUGCACCUCCCCUUGCUCCACCCCCCUCCCUGCCUAGCUCCACCCACCUCACCCUCUCAGGCUCACUCCCUAACCGGCAGGCCCAAACCACGGGCAGAAUCCUCCCAGAUCUUUCCCCAGUGGGUCGAUGCCCACCAGCCUCCACCCCCUCCUCGCUUGUGCCCCGACUCAGAAUGCACUGCUCGCCCAGGUGCCUGACCGCUUCCGCAGCAUGGGCACGCCGCUCUCUUCCAUCUCUCCUCCCCUCUGUGGUCAGCAGGAGCGGUUUCAGGAUGGUGCCGGGAGCUAACUUUUUAUUAUUAUUAUUAUUUUUAUGCUCCUUUUCCAUCGUGAUGUAUUAAUGAAGCCAAACGAGCUCAAUACCAACGCUUACUUGCCCCCUUCACUCCAUUAGCCGAGCAGCCGUUUAACACCAGACACAAAAGGGCACUCGAGUGGACCCUUCUGCCCGGAGUGUCCUCUAGUUGUGCUCUGAAGGGCUACGUUUGCUCCCAUGUCGGCUCUCUUCACGUAACCUUGG